CUCUCUCCUAGCUAUGGCUCGCUUGGUUGUGUUUGGAUUGCUCGCGGCAACUUUGUUUCUGUGCUUUCUAGCAGAAGCUCAAGCCGACGGAUACGACUACAAGCCCGAUGAUAAGAAGGUUGCGUACAAGGAGGAGCCGAAGAAGGACGAGGAAGUGAAGAAGCCAGUGUACAAGCCAGAGGAGGAGAAGAAGUACAAGCCAGAGGAGGAGAAGCAGUACAAGCCAGUCUACAGGGCCGAGGAUGAGAAGAAGUACAAGCCAGUCUACAAGGACGAGGAUGGGAAGAAGUAUGAUGAAGACGACAACGAUGACAAGGAGAACUACAAAUACAAGCCACGCUACGAGGCCGAUGACAACGACGACAACGAAGAUGAUGAGGACGAGGAGUACUACAAGUUCAAGGCACACUUCAAGGCCGGUUACGGGCACAAGAAGUACAAGCCAUACAGGUACAAGGCUGACGAUGACGAUGAUGAGGACGAGGACGAGAAGCCACACUACUACAAGGCUGAUGACGACGAUGAGGAGGAGAAGAAAUACAAGCCGCGCUACUACAAGGCCAAGCCAUACUACAAGGGCAAGCCAUACUACAAGGCUGACGACGAGAAGAGGUACAGACCAGGCUACAAGGCUGAGGAGAAAAAGAAGUACAAGGCCGACGACGAGAAGAAAUACAAGCCUGUUUACAAGCCGGUUUACAAGCCUGCAGAGAAGCCCGCUGAGAAGCCAGUUUACAAGCCAGCUGAGAAGCCGGUUUACAAGCCAGUGGAGAAGCCCGCGGAGAAGCCAGCUGAGAAGCCAGUUUACAAGCCAGUGGAGAAGCCCGCGGAGAAGCCAGUUUACAAGCCAUCGCCAGCGUACCAAAAGGUUGCUAUCGAAGGUUUUGUUUACUGCCAAGAUGGUUACUCCAAGAAGCCACUCGAAGGGGCUGUUGUCGGUUUGACAUGCACCAAGAGCAAAGCUUAUAAGGAGCAAAAGACCAACGCGUAUGGCUACUUUUACUUUCCUCUCAGCUAUGGCGCUUACAAGGACAUUGACGUGACAACGCUCAAGGUGAGCUUGGUUUCGUCCCCGAGCAAGAGCUGCAGCGUCAUCACCAAUCUCAACAAUGGCAAAUCUGGGGCCGUGGUUGACAAGAGCAAAAGCAAGACUGUUGGCGAAACUCUCAUCUAUGGUGUCGGGCCCUUCGCGUUUGCUCCUGUGGAGUACUACCAUUAUUAACUUCGAUCGAUUGUUAGAAAUUUUUUUUCUCAAAUUUCUUAAUAAAAAAGUCUUUCGAGAUUAUUUAAAA